AUGAACGGUGUCGUUGCUGUUUUCACCGCCCUCUUCGGUGCCGCCGCUUUCUGCGGUGUCAGCGCUAAGGAGGCCACUUCCCUCAGGAGGCACCCUGCCCUUACCAGGCAGCCCAACUUCUUCGCUGUCGACGUCGACGGUACCUUCGCCACCCCUCAGAAGGAUGCCAUGAAGAAGAACAUUGCUGCUUUCCGCAUGGCUUUGAACGCCGGCCACACCCUCUUCUUCUCCACUGGCCGCAGUCCCGGCUCUGCCCGCAACUUGUUCGGUGCCGAUGCCUACCGCGCCAUGGGCUACAACGGUAACCCCGGUGUCUACAUGGACGGUGCCCUCGUCUACGACGACCAGGGCCGCAUCAUCGAUGAGCGCCCAUUGACCCCCGAGUUCCUUGAGCAGGUCGCCAUGGCCACCAAGGACGAGUGCAACAAGUUCAUGCCCGUCUUCUGCACUGCCGAAGAGGUCUUGACUGUCUGCAAGUUCAGCGAGAAGGCCCAGGCUGUCUUCAAGGCCUACCUGUCCACUGACCGCAUCCCCAUCGUCAGCGUUGAGGAGCUCAAGAAGCGCCCCAGAACGCUGAGACCGGUUUCUGACAUCAACGCCUCCAAGGCUGACGCCAUCAGGGCCCUGUUGGCUUACUACGGUGCUGAGCCCAGCGACUGUGGUUCCAUUGGUGACGGUUUGAACGACAUUGACAUGUUGGAGGUCACCACCCCCUCCAUUGCUGUCGGUAACGCUGUUCCCGCUGCCAUUGCUGCUGCCCAGAUCACCCUUGAGGAAACCUGCGACGAGGCCGCCUUUGCCAAGGCCAUGGAGAAGGUUUACGGUAUCAAGAUCUAA